UGCAAAAUCAGCCAAAUGGUUGGUGGAUUCCUUAUGUUACCUGAGUUGAGGGCGCUGCUGAUUGGACCAGAUUCCUUUCACCUGCAGAGAAGUGCUGCAGAGUGGCACACUAAUGUGUGUGUUCAUGCACCCACAUCUGAGCCCAGGAGCAGAUCUGCACAACAGUUGGUCUGUUUGGAGUGUUUCCUCAGAUUUUCUUACAGUUUUGUUUCCUUCGCCCUCUUCCAGCCUCAGCAGUCGGACCACUCAGAGCCACGCCCAGAACCAGAGAGCCGGCUACAGCCUCCGCCUCAGCUGCAGCUGACAGAACAACCUCAGAGUUCCCACCAGCUCCAGGAGCAGAACCCACUCCAGCCUGGGGAACCACAACUAUUAAACACUGAGCGUCAAGAAAAGUCGGCGUGGGUAACGCCUCAGAGACUGUUCGGUCUUCUUCUGGUAUUAUUUAUAGGAAUUGCCAUUCUGGGACUAGUCUACUACCUUCACCACAUUCUGCACACGGGGAGUGGGAACAUUGCAGCAAACGUAACCCCGUGUGUUUCUGCCGCCUGUCAGUGGGCUGCUGCUCGUCUGUCCAUGUCCACUGACCCCUUCGCCCAGCCCUGUGAUUACUUUGUGUCCAUAUGUGGUUCAAAAGGACUCAAAAGCAAAGGGAGACAAAGAAGUCACGGUAUACCGGGUCAUUCACAAAACCCGAUUGAAAGGUUAGCAGAAACGGACAAACAAAAUAAAAGUGAACACAGAAGACUGGGAGAAGAUACGACUCUGAGCCGAAAAACUCUGCUGCUGCAGUAUCUCAGAGGGAUUUUAGAGACCAACCAAAGUUCAAGCAGCUCAGCAGUUCAGAAGACUAAAGACUUCUACCAUUCCUGCUUAGACACCAGAUCUCUGGAAGCUGCGGGUGCAGAGCCAUUUCUCAGACUCAUCCAGAAGUUGGGAGGCUGGGCUGUGUCCGGACAGUGGAAUAGGACUGACUUCAACUACACCCUCGGUUUGUUAAUGAGGGAAUAUGAGACGUUUCCAUUCUUCAACCUCUACGUAGGCAAAGACCCGAAUGAAGCUGCCAGCAACAGGACAAAGAGAUACAUUCAGAUUGAUCAGCCGGAUCUAUUGAUCCCAAUUGAGUGGAACAGCAACACGCAAAAGUCGAGAGCUAAAACUGAGACUUUGCGUCCCUUCCUGGCAUCAUGUCAGAGCUACCUGGCUUUCCUGGGAUCCCCGCCGUCCAUGAGGAUGCUACACGUUGGCACGUUCAUCUCUCUGUCCUCAGAGCUCGCUGUCGCCGCUUCACCUCUGCAGUACCGCCUGUCAAAGGGACAGCUCUAUCAGCGAAUGACAAUAAGAGAUCUGCAGAGCCAGGCCCCUGCUAUUGACUGGUUGGGCUGUCUGGAGGCUGCUUUCCAUCCUCUGUCCCUCACAGAAGACGAUCAUGUCCUCCUGCACAACUUACCUUACAUCAUUCAAAUGUCCCGCAUCAUCAACAAAUGGUUGCAUAAGUCUGAAAUGAGUAACAGCGGUACUCUUCACACCUUUAUGGUCCUGAAUCUGUUGCACACCCUGAUGCCCGCCAUGGAUUUCAGAUUUUCAGAAACGGCGAGGAAUUUUUCUUUGGCACUGGGGAACAUCGAAGAGGAAGUCCCUCGCUGGAAACGCUGCAUACUGGAGACCGAAAGAGGAUUUGAUUCAGUUCUCGCACAUCUUCUCAGUGAGACGACUUCGCGUCGAGAGACAGAAGAAAUUGUUGAAAAUGUCUUUUUUGCCUUCAUAUCUAAAAUAAUGGAUCUCAGGUGGAAAGAUCAAAAUUCUUUUCAGCGUUUCAUUGACAAGGUUUACUCCUCACCUCCAAGACUAUUGUCCUCAAAGGAGAUUUCUAAUGAAGAUGAUCUUGACCUAUUGUUCUCUGAGGUGACGGUCAGCUCCAGUGGCUUCUUUAGCAACUACCUUCAGCUACUUUCCCUUUGGCAGAAGAGACGCAGUAAACUCUUGGCUACGCAGACUGAGGACGCCGACAUCCUGUCUGUCGCGCCCUCUCUAGUGAGUAACGGACUUCUCUUCCCAAUGGGAAUGUUCGUCCCUCCUCUUUUCCACCCCACCUAUCCAAAGGCCAUGAAUUAUGGUGCCGUGGGUUUCCUUGUUGCUAAAGAUAUCUUUCAUCUGUUUCUGCCUGAGAUUUAUUCUCACAGCCCGACUAUGCGUGCUGUGGGAGAAUGUGUGUGGACUCACUACCUCAAAGCUACUGAAAAAGCAGGACAAGUUCGGGCGACUAUUCUGCCUACAGCGCGGCAGGAGGAGGUGUGGUUGCAAUACUCUGCACUGCAGGUGGCGCUGCAGGCCUAUCAUCAGAGUCUAAGCCAGAAUCCUGCAGACACCUCGGUUUCAGGGUUACAUCACACGCAGCUGUUUUUCAGAUCUUUCUCUCAGGUGAGCUGUGACACUGACCCAGACGGUGAGUCCAUGCCUCUGGACGCCUCCUUCUUGAUCCCGGUCAUGUGUUCCCAGACUGGUCUGUGUUCAACAAGCCCACAGUGCUCACUUAAAACUCAGCAGGACAAAUCACAAGCAUGCUGACCACAGUCUGUAACCACGAGCUGGACGUCAACCCCAGAAAUAUUCUGGGUUCAGGAAUAUUCACAUCAUUAAAACUUUUUUAAUACAUAUAUGUACACUUC